CAACCAAGUGACGAGGUCAUCCAUCAUACGAGAGAGAGGGACCAAAACGAGAAAACUAACGUUUGAAACCCUAAUAAUUCCCCCGCUCUCUCAAGAAAACGAAAUCCGCUUUCCAAUUCAUUCACCCAUCAGAACUCCUGCCCGACUCGCGCAUGAACUUGAUGAAGACCUCCUCAUGACAUCUCAAUUCCCAUUGUUUGCCAACCGUGCGACAGAAUCCUCAAGCUCUUGCUCAGUCAGCCACAGCCAAAGGAACAUCCGGAAUUCGUCUCCGUGUUUGCGUGUCAAUUCGUUCGGGGAAGCUGAAUUCGAGAAGUCAUCUGGGUUUUUUUUUUUCCUACUGUUGCUGAUUUCAAGUUCGAGCUGUACUUGAGGAGGGAUUCGAAUCGCUGUAAAGCUUUUUAGCAGUUUGAGAGCCUUAGUUUGGUAGAUAGAUAGACAUAGGGGUUUUGAAUUCUUCCUGCCACUGUGAUCUGUGGAAGAAUAAGCGGCGUCCUGGAUUCUUGCUAAAGUCAUAUUUGUGGUUAGCUGCACCAUGAAAGAUUGAUAUGGAUCCAGAAAGCAAGAAUUUUGGAAACGGACCGAGAGAAUUGACUGGUGCUGUAGAUCUCAUAAAUCACUUUAAGCUGUCACCCCAUCAUGAAUUUUUCUGCAAGAAGUCCCUACCAUUGUCACUUUCUGACACCCACUAUCUUCAUAAUUUGGUGGGAGAUACUGAAAUUCGGAAAGGAGAGGGGAUGCAGUUGGAUCAGCUCAUUCAGAGUACAUCAAACGGGAGAGAUUCUCACUUCCGCAUACAACCUUUUGACCUAGAUUCUCUCGGAGAUGCAUUCCAUCUGAGGGAAACCACCCGUGUUGACUUACCUGCAACGGAGAAGGGGAUGCCAACCAUUUCAGGAAAAUCAAGAAGUGAAUCAAAGGAUAAGGAGAAAAAGCAUAAAAAGCAUAAAGAUAGAGAUAAGGAGAAAGAUAAAGAGCAUAAGAAGCACAAGCAUCGUCAUAAAGAUCGGGGCAAAGACAAAGACAAAGACAAGGAAAGGAAAAAGGACAAAGUUGGGCAGCAUGAUUCAGGAGUUGACAACUCCAAAAAACAUCAUGAAAAGAAAAGGAAGCAUGAUGGAGAUGAAGAUCUUAACGAGCACAAACACAAGAAAAGUAAGCAUAAGAGUGCAAAGCUUGACGAGGUGGGAGUCAUAAGAGUCGCGGGAUGAUGUGGUGGCAUAUUAUAAUAGUUCACGUGCUGUCUUCAUGUUUUGUCAGUAAAGGCACUGGGGAUUUCUCUUACCGUUACUUAAGAGUGACUGAAACCGAAGAUUUGAAGGUGAAUUUACCUUUGAAGAAUAUUCAGAUGUGAGACCCAUGUAACGACAGGAUCCAACACAUUGUGAUUUUCAGUGGGGGGCUGAAAAUCAGGUUGGGAUGAUACGGUCUUUCGCAGUGGUUCCAUGAAGCUCUAUCGCCAGCGUGCAACUCGUUUCCAUUUGUUUUCUAUCAGGGUUGAAUGGUUGGUUCGGUUACACUCCUUUUUGUGAGGAUUCUGAUCACAUGUUUACUGUCAUGAUUACCCCUGGGACAUUUUCCCCUUUUACAUUCUUUUGCCCGAUAUUUGUGAACUGGCCAAGUUUUGUUCCCCCACCCUUUGUAAGAACAAGAUGCUAAUCCUUAUUUCCUGUCAGACCAGCAAAUCUCGACAUUAACAAGCUCCAACAUACGACUGACUUAAAUUAUUUCAUCGUGGCGUCCCUUUAGAUGUUCCAUAGCUGAAAACUCAAAACU